GUCACGCAGAAACAGCGCACAACCGAAUUGCUUCCGUAGUAGUUGGCUUCAAGGAGGUAUUGCUCGAGGAAGCCGAAAAGAAGAAGGAUAAUCGCAAUUGGCGCAUAAUACUGCAGCGAAUAUUGGUGAAUGUAGUGGUGAUGGGUCUAUUAGCUGCCUCCGCGUACACUGUUGUCACCCUGGUGAAUAACUCGGAACAACUGGCACGUAAUGGCAAUUUACUCAGUCGCAAUGCGGUUAACAUCACCAUCACACUUUUAGCCUUUUUUAUGCCUAUGAUAUUCGACGCACUGGGACUAUUCGAAAAUUGGCAUCCGCGGCAACAGCUACGAUUGCAAUUGGCACGCAUUAUGAUACUCAACAUGCUCAACUUGUAUUCGCUGAUGUUCUCCUUCAUUUACAACAUCAACAGCAAGGAAGGGCCAUUGCAAUUGCUCAAGGAGCGGUACGACAACUCUACCAAUGAAAUAAAUGAGUUAACACAACUAAUUGAGGGCCUGAAAAACAGCGGUAGUAACAGUACUGAAGUGGGCCUGGCGCUCACUAAUUUUAACGCAACUACCAGCAGUCUGCUAACGACAACCGCAGCUGCCACAACACUUUAUGGCUGGACCACACGACUGAAAUGCCGCAAUAUCACAGUGAAAUGCUCAAAACCAACGCGCAUCAAGGUGAGAAAUUUCGCGACAGCAACCACGAUGCUUCUUCUCAACAUAACCACCCCUUCAAUGUUGCCGCACCUAGCGGACGAGUCAAGCACGUUAACUACCCCACCUUACAUAAUAACACCUGCGACGGAAAUUGAUACAACGUGGACAGCGCAAGAAGAAUUGAGCACCACCACACAAUUCACUACAACAGAGCCGCCGACUCUAGCGAUAGAUACAACUUUGACCGCAAUAAUUGAAUACACAGAGAUCUCAAGACAAACUGAAAGCACUGAGCCAUCGACGACACUAGAAUCCACCUCAACCACGACCUCAGCGCCAGGCAGUGAUGAUUUCUUCGACUAUAUGGAUUAUUUUGUAGGGAUGCCACUCGAGCUCAGCGACACGCUGGAAGCGGCGGCGGCAACAGAGACAACGCGCAACAGUUUAAGUGCAACGACCGAAAAUGUGCGGCGUGCUAGAAACCUCAUAAAUCUGCCACCACUGAGCCGCAAGCUCAGACAAGCUGCGCUGCCAACGCCAGAUGAGCCAAUGCAAAUGCCAAAACAGAGCAUGUAUAGUCGACGACAAAAUGAGCGGCACAGACAGAGAGAAGACAACGAAUACUAUUCGGCCGAUGAUUCAACGUCUACAACUGUAAAAACAUUACCUUUAUCCACGCCAGUCGACGAUUCCAGUUCCAGCACGGUUGUAACAAGUCGCCAGGAGCAACAGACGCAUCAACAACAAAAUGAAACAUUGGAGUCGCCUCAAAAUGAAUUAUUGCCGACGUUACAUGUCAAUACUAAGCUGUUGGGUGAAGUAUUGGCUUAUUUUACAAGCUCAACAUCCACUGUCGAUCCACCAACCACAACGUUUCCGCUUCCCACAACAACAGUUCCAACAACAAUUUCAACAAUGAUUCCAACAACAACAACUGAACUCGUCGGCAGCAGCACUCCAUAUUUCUUAGCGGAAGAUGAUAUUCUUGACGAAUCUACCGACACGAUUAAUUAUGAGGCCAAUGAAAUCGAUGAAGAAAAUUUCGAUACUUGCAUUCGUACUAUUUGUGAUCCAUAUCCGGAAGAAUACUUCAGUACAACAGACAUAGAUACAACAGUUACUCCAACUACAGCCACACUGACGCCUAUGGAGACUUAUGAAAUAAAAUUGGCGAAAGUGAAGCAAAACAUACAUGAGGUUCAGCGUAAUUUGACCAGUAUGUGCUGGGAGACAUCACUGGGCCAAGAGCUUGCGAAAGUUAUCGUUUCGGAUGGGCUUCUGUCCCUUUUCGCACCUCUCUGCGUUGACUUUCUGCGUGCGCUGUUUGUACGUUAUCUCAAUCAACACUGGUGCUGGGAUAUGGAGAAAACUUUUCCCCAAUACGGCGACUUCAAAAUCGCUGAGAACAUUUUGAAUUUGAUUAUCAACCAAGGACAAGUGUGGAUGGGUAUAUUUUUCUCACCCGGUUUGGUGCUAGUCAGCCUUGUCAAAUUAAUGAUUUUGAUGUACUUCAGAUCUUGGAUUGUUCUGACAUGCAACGUGCCACACGAGGUAGUAUUUAAGGCAUCCAAGUCUAACAAUUUCUACCUCGCUCUACUUCUCACGAUGCUCUUCCUCUGUGUGCUGCCGGUGAGUUAUGCUAUUGUAUGGCUACGUCCCUCAUGGCACUGUGGACCAUUCUCAAAUUAUAAUCGAAUCUCAGAAUUCGUCACCAAUGCGACCAGGGAAGCGCUACCUAAGGAGCUUCAUAGACCAUUGAGUUAUUUGACUUCAGCAAGUACUGUUAUACCGCUGCUGCUUCUACUAAUCCUGAUCAUUUAUUACCUGGUCUCAUUGACGGGCGCGUUGCGGGAGGCCAAUCAAGAUUUGAGAACUCAGCUUCAAAAGGAGCGUGAAGAAGAGCGGAAAAAAAUCUUCAAGGUACCUGAAAUGAAACCGACUGAGAAUAGCGCAGCAGCACUGACCAGCAGAUGGCGCAAAGUUCUUGAGGCUUCAUCCCCGGUCACACCAACACCACCCCCAGAUUUUGAGAGUGAAGAAUACAAAAAUCAGGCAAGGAAAGAACUGAUUUCACGUAUCAUGAAAGAGGCUCUGCGAAAGGGUUCGGCUACCUCGGAUGAUGAUUCCGUUAAUAGACAUGGCAGGGAAGAUGAUGAUACUGAUACUGAACACCACGAUUCACUGCCACAUGACGAAGAUGGAGGAGACAAGAAUUUAGGUUUGACGAAAUUGCAACAAAUAAGACGAACGCGCAAGCCUUCCCUUAUAGACAUCGUACAAAUUGCCAAGAGCGAGAGGGAGCGAGAGCAACGAGCUUCAUUGUCAGUGAAAGAGAGGAGUAAAUGUAAGAAAGAUAAAGAUAAAGAGAAAAACAAGGAAAGAGAUGCAGAGAAAGGAGAAUAUGAAGAUCAACCAAAAACAAAUAAGGCAGACAAUGGUAAAAAUAGCGAUAAAAGAAAAGAAGCGGUCAAAGACGAAAGAAAUAGACGAAGGGUGGAGAAAGCGGAGGAAGAAGAUAAUGGAAAGGGAAGAAACAAAGAUUUCAUUAAAGAUGAAAAUGGUGAUGCAGCAUUUGAUAAGCGCAUUUUAUACGACAAGGAUAAUGGAACAUUUAAGCUUAAUGCUGAUAGCAAUAAAACCCAAGCUAAAAAAAAAACGGGCCAAAAUUGCAAUACGCCAACGCAACAAUUAGAUACCGAUAACGAUCCCGACACCAACACUCGCAUUGUAAAUGAACGCAGACAAAGCUUAUUGCGUAAAAAACUCGAAGAAGAUCGACCAGCAGAUAGCGACAACACUCCAUCGCCUUUGAUGCCAGAUAAUCAAAGUACUUGCCAAAUCCCACCAUCCAUCGAUGACGUGAAAAACAGUAACUUCGAAAUUAUAGAUGAGAAACAAUCGGAAAACAACUGCGAAAAAGAUAGACCACUUCCAAAGCAUAGAUCAUUCAGUGUACGUGGCGGUACUUUUAAAAUACGUCGCCAAAAGUACAAACCAACAGAAGGCAGUGUUUUUAAAUUUGAUGAGAAACCAGUUGGAAGCACAAAUAACGACAAGCUCGAUAAACCAGGAAGUGAUCCACCCAGCAGUGCAACGACACCAGCGCCAGCCCGGUUCAGUGAUGGUCUAGCAACACCAACGUUUGUGAACUCAGAAAAGCUUUUCAAUCUUUCGCGUCAAAGUCGCAAGAAAAUCGGCACACUUUUUGCACUAGUCCGCGACACAGUUAACACCAAAUGGAACGAUGUCGAGCUAUCGCCUUGCAGCAGCGCUGAUCCAAUUACACCAACAACACAGACAACACUUGCCUCAGCAAACGAUAACAACACUGGCACUAUCGCAAUCGAGAUACCACCAUCACCUGAGGUUGAAACCACACCCAAACCCCAAUUCCCUACCACGAUUCCUGAAAUCGCUGCAAUACCGAAAGAUACAGAACCUAAUCAUCCAUUAGAAAUCCCAAGUGCGAUUACAACAAAAACUGUCGAUCUGUAUGAUCCAGAAGACCUGGACAAGCCUGGGGCCAUAAAAUUAACACAUAACAACGCGACAGGACGACGUAAGCCCAUUGGACGUACACAAGCUGCACGUCAGGACUCACAAACUUCAGUAUGGUCCGAUAAUAUACCAAUAAUAACAAUCAGUACAACGGGAAGUGAUGAGUGCAUCGCUCAAGCAGAUCCAGAGAAAAGGUUGUCAUCACCAGUUGCCCCAGCGAGGUCAGUCACAGCUACGAAAGAGAGUGUAGUCAUGACUGUCACAACAUCAGGGCUCCCAACUCCCGAUCCUAAAGAAAGGGACAUUCAAAUUGGCAUCGAAGACAAAUAAUAAUUAAAAGCUUUAGAAAGUAGUACCUUGCGGAAUUAUUUCAUUAUUAUUCUAGAUACUUAAUUAUUUUAGUAGCAAUUAUCAGACUUACAUAUUCAGUUGCGUAUGUAGUAUGCGAGAUCAUAAAGCCAAACAAAUUUUGUUUCAGUAAUUUUAUGA